AUGGGGAGAGUGAAGCUUCCGAUCAAAAAGAUUGAAAACACAACAAAUAGGCAAGUCACUUUCUCAAAGAGGAGGAAUGGUUUAAUCAAGAAAGCUUAUGAACUUUCUGUUCUUUGUGAUGUUGAUGUAGCUCUCAUCAUGUUUUCCCCAUCUGGGAGAGCCAGUCUCUUCUCUGGGACCAGAAGCAUUGAAGAAAUUCUAGAACGAUAUAUUAAUCUUCCGGAGAAUGAACGUGGACGGAUACAUAAUCAAGAGCACAUUCAAAAGGUGCUUAGAAAGUUGAAAGUUGAAGCCGAUCAAAUAUGCCAAGCCCCUAGCCCGAUGACUACAGACUCCCAACUUGAGGAGAUUCAAAGAGAAAUUUUCAUUUGCAAGUCUCAAUUGGAAGAGAUGAAGAAGCGGCUAAGGAUAUUCGAAGGUGAUCCUUCUGAGAUCACUACACUGUGUGAGGCUGAAUAUCGCGAACAUGUCCUUCAGGAAACUCUAAAACAAGUGCAGCUGCGAAAAGUACAUCUUGCAAAAACUGUAGAAGUAGAUGGAUUUGUUACCAGAACCUCAAAGAACGCAGUAGACUGGUUUCCACAGAGAGAUUUACAUGUUCAGAUUCUGAACUUCGCGAAUACUUAUGACCCUGCUCCUCUCAGAGAUCGACAAUUACAUAGUUCUGUUGUUGAUAUGUUAACGCCAAAUUCGACACUUCUGCACUCUGCAAACAUGGAUCAGGAUGGUCAAAUGAGUCCAAGGCAUAGUUUAGUGACCGGCAUAAAUAACACACCACCUCCUGAGUUUGGACAAGUUAUCAACAUUAAUCCGUCCUCUUGGGAACACCUCCAUCCUUUAGGAAAUGGAUCUUUGUCGGUUGCAGAGACAAGGGACGGACAACCACUUGAACAGUAUUUUCCUCAAUUUACCCUGCCAAACAUUUUGAUGAUGAAUCAGAAUCAACGUAUUUCCUAG